AUGCGACAGGAGAACGAAGCGCUCAAGGCAAAGAAUGACGCAAACAAUCAGCGUCUUUGCUCUGACAAAGCACAGAUUUCACGACGCGAUGCACAGAUCACCAAGAUGAUUGCUAUUGUUCGCCGCAAAGUUGCAACUAAUCGCGUCAUGCAAGUUGCGUUAAAAGCAGCAUACAAAAUCUUGCCGUCGCUUGAGGAACAGGCAACAUACGCCAGAAUCCUCGAUAUGGCAAAGAAGGUCCCCAACACAUUCGGAAUCAACCAGGAGGUUGCCGAUGUACUUGAGGAAGCAGGACUUGUUGUCAACUGGGACAAACAGAGUCUCGAGUCACCUAUCCAGCUUCUCGAGGACAAGUCUGUCCAAACUAUCAACAAGCCUGACAUCGAGCUCAACGAUGAGUCUCAGCAAUGCCAGCCACCUGCUGCUUCGUCUCUUCAAACUUUCGACGAUAACCCCAACGUCAACACCAACCAAGAAUCACCAAAGCAGCAGCCGCUUGCUGCUCCAUCUGUCAAAAUCCUCGACGACAAAAUGGAUAUCAUCACCGAAGAAGACGUACAGAAACUCCAGCUGCUUGCUGCUGCCUAA